AUGCCCGACGUAUCCUGGGUCGACCCGCUCCUCUCGCACGAAGCCUUCGCGCCGACCCAGCCGCUCAAGGGCAGAGGACCGCUCCACCCGGGCUCGACAUGGGUCGGCGUACAGCGCAGCGGGAGGAACUCGUACGAGGUCACCGUCAAGUUUGACACGGUCGACGUCCAGAGUGGGACCGUCACCGGCACACUCGAGAUCAAGAACCUCACCGCCGAACUCGAGAGCCUCGUCACGUUCUUCGAGGGCGACAUCGUAGGCGAAGUCGGAGGUCCCGGGUUCUUGACGGCAAAGUAUGGCGCGACCGAGAUCGACGACCUGAAGCACUGGCGACGGUUCCCUGCCUUCACCCGCAACCGCCUCGAACACCAGCUCGUCAAGCCCAACCUCAACUUGCGCCAGGCUAACAACAAGCCGUUCAAGUUCCUCCGGCUCAAGGAACAGUUUGUCGUCGGCGAGCGGGUCGAGGCGAUUCACGGCGCGUCGUACGCGGGUUUCUACUAUUGCUGCCUCGACUGCGAACCUUUCCCGCCGACUGACCCGUCCAUCUCUCCUCACCGCGGCAUCUCCCCUGCCGCUCGCAACGUUCCCGCCUUCCGCCGUCGCAACUCGUCGUUCUCUCGCCCCGAACCCAGCCCCAGCCUCCUCACCCAGACUCGGCCCUCUAUCGCCCGCCCUUCUCCCGCAUCUCCUCCUCAGCCCAUCGUCAACCUCCCGUCUCCACCGCGUCGUACCGUCGAGCUUCCUACGACGGCUGAGGAGCCGACCGCCCCUCGUCCGCUCCCGCCGCGCCGUACGAGCAGCGGCUCGAUCUCGUACGCCGCCGCACUUCGUGGCUCGCCCGGCUCCCUUGCCUCGCCUCCGCUCUCUCCGAUGCCUCCCUCCGCCUCGUCCUUCUCGUCGUCCAUCUCGUCCGCAUCGUCCGCAUCGCCGCAAACUCCUCCCGAACACCUCAUCCGUCCCUCCGCCCCUCCUCCCCCGGACCUUCCCACGCCCAAAGCCGAACUCGACUCGUCCGCCCUGACCUACCUAACCGAAGCCGGCUCUUCCUCCCUCCCUCCCAUCCUCCAGUCGAUCGAAGCAGGCCACUCCUCCGAGUGGCCCGCUCCUACCUCUCCUCCCAUGCCAACUCGUCCGCCCGGUGCGAUGCGCCGCAUCAGUUCGGACGUCGCGAGUGUGCUUGCCAAGGCUAAGGAGAAGACGAGGGGUCGGCCUGAGGUCGCGAGGAGGAAGAGCGCGAGGGAGGCGGAGGAGGAGGACGGGGUGGAUGAUAGAGGGAUGAGGAGCUGGACUGAGGCGACCAUCUCGGGCGUGAGUGUGACCCUUCUUUGUCGCUUGAGAGAUGAGGCUAACGAGUUGUGCGCCACAGUUCUACUUCCACCACAGCGCGAGCCCGUAUCAGGAACUCUCGCUCCGCUAUGUCCCUUCGCACCAAGGCGGCGUCGCCGAGUUCGCCUUCCGCUGAGCCCGCCGACGACCGCACUACGCCAUCCAAACGAACACGAUCGCAUACCAUACCUCGACUUACGACCCGCCUCGAGCGAACAAACCCAUGUCUCUAUCGCCCAACUAUCGCCUCUCCUCGCCGUCGCUUAUUCUCUCGUUGGAACUGUUGUGAACCCUUGA